CAUCCCAGAAUGCCGCCGUUCCCGGAAGUGCCGCGAGUGAGCGCGGCGUCGCCGCCGUGGUGCAGGCCGGGAUGGAGGAGGACGAUCUGGACUUGGUUGAGGAGCUGGAGGCCGCCCUGCAGCUGGCGCCGGAGGUGCAGCUGGCUAUCGAGCAGGUGUUUCCCAGUCAAGAUCCGCUGGACAGAGCCGACUUCAACGCCGUGGAAUACAUCAACACGCUUUUCCCGACUGAGCAAUCUUUGGCAAACAUUGACGAUGUGGUGAAUAAGAUCAAGCUGAAAAUAAGGCGUUUGGACGAUAACAUCCGGACCGUAGUGAGGGGGCAGACCAGUGUGGGACAGGAUGGCCGCGAGGCACUUGAAGAAGCCCAGAAGGCCAUUCAGCAGCUCUUCGGGAAGAUUAAAGACAUCAAAGACAAGGCAGAGAAAUCGGAACAGAUGGUCAAGGAAAUCACACGUGACAUCAAGCAGCUGGACCAUGCCAAGCGCCACCUGACCACCUCCAUCACGACACUUAACCACCUCCACAUGCUCGCCGGCGGAGUGGAUUCCCUGGAGGCCAUGACUAGGAAGCGACAGUACGGCGAAGUGGCCAACCUCCUACAAGGUGUCGUGAACGUGCUGGAGCACUUCAGCAAGUACCUGGGGAUCCCGCAAAUCCGCCAGCUUUCGGAAAGGGUGAAGGCCGCCCAGAACGAGCUGGGGCAGCAGAUCCUGGCGGACUUUGAGGAAGUGUUCCCUUCUCAAGGCACAAAGAAGGCUACGGCACACAGCAACAUCCUCCGGGACGCCUGCUUAGUCGCCAAUGUCUUGGACCCCAGGAUCAAGCAGGAAAUCAUCAAGAAGUUCAUCAAACAGCACCUCUCAGAGUACCUCGUCCUCUUCCAGGAAAACCAGGAUGUGGCCUGGCUGGAUAAAAUUGACCGGCGCUACGCCUGGAUCAAACGCCAGCUGGUAGAUUACGAGGAGAAAUACAUUCCCAUGUUCCCUCAGGAGUGGUGCAUGACGGAGCGGAUUUCAGUCGACUUCUGCCACAUUACAAGGACGGAGCUUGCAAAGAUCAUGUGCACGCGGGCGAAGGAAAUUGAGGUCAAGCUCCUUCUGUUCGCCAUCCAGAGGACGACCAACUUCGAAGGGCUGCUGGCCAAGCGCUUCUCGGGCUGCACCCUCUCCGACACGGUGGUGAAGAAGGCUGAGCCGCCCCCUCCCAACACCAACCCCUUCUUGGAGGACGAAUCUGUGCUGGACACGGGCGAAACUACGUUGGAAAAGGCUGACAUCGACAGACCUAAAAAGCCGAAGGUUCCAGACAAUCCGUUCCACAGCAUCAUCUCCAAGUGCUUUGAGCCUCAUCUCUACGUCUACAUUGAAUCACAAGACAAAAACCUCAGUGAGCUGAUUGACCGGUUUGUGGGGGACUUCAAAGCCCAAGGGCCCCCCAGGCCGAACGUGGACGAGGGCGGGGCUGUCCUGCCCAGUUGCGCAGACCUCUUCGUCUACUACAAGAAAUGCAUGGUCCAGUGUUCCCAGCUCAGCACUGGGGAGCCGAUGAUCGCCCUCACCACCAUCUUCCAAAAAUACCUCCGGGAAUACGCCCGGAAGAUCCUCUCGGGAAACCUGCCCAAGACUACUGGUGGCGGCGGCGGGCUGACCAUCAGCAGCCUCUUAAAAGAGAAAGAGGGCUCAGAGGUGGCCAAGUUCACCGUGGAAGAACUCUGUCUUGUCUGCAGCAUCCUGAGCACUGCAGAGUACUGCUUGGCGACAACCCAACAGCUCGAAGAGAAGCUCAAAGAGAAAGUGGACGCCAGCCUCGUGGAACGGAUCAAUCUGAUGGGAGAGAUGGAUACCUUCAGCAUCGUGAUUUCAAACAGCAUCCAGCAUCUGGUUCAGGACUUGGAUGCGGCCUGCGACCCAGCGCUCACCGCCAUGAGCAAGAUGCAGUGGCAGAAUGUGGAGCACGUGGGCGACCAGAGCCCGUACGUCACCUCUGUGAUUCUCCACAUCAAGCAGAACGUCCCCAUCAUCCGUGACAACCUGGCCUCCACCCGCAAAUACUUCACGCAGUUCUGCAUCAAGUUUGCCAAUUCGUUCAUCCCUAAGUUUAUCAACCAUCUCUUCAAGUGCAAGCCGAUCAGCAUGGUGGGGGCAGAGCAGUUGCUGCUGGACACUCAUUCUCUGAAGAUGGUUCUUCUGGACUUGCCUUCUAUCGGGUCCCAGGUGGUGAGGAAGGCCCCCGCCAGCUACACGAAGAUUGUGGUGAAAGGCAUGACCCGUGCUGAAAUGAUCCUCAAGGUCGUGAUGGCCCCGCAUGAGCCCGCCGUGGUAUUUGUGGACAACUACAUCAAGCUCCUGGCCGACUGCAGCACAGACACCUUCCAGAAGAUCCUGGACAUGAAGGGUCUCAAACGGAGUGAGCAAAGCACCAUGUUGGAUUUGUUCCGCCAGAGGCUCCCGGCCCCCCCCUCUGGGGCUGACAACGCGGGGCCCCUCUCGCUGGCGGCCCCCACGCCCGAGCAGGAGUCCUCCCGCAUCCGGAAGCUGGAAAAGCUCAUCAAGAAGAGGCUGUAGAGGGUCUCCCUCUCCCAUCCUUGCUUUGUAGUUCUGGAACCUGUUGAGGCGGCUUCUUCAGCGCCGCUGAGAACGGGGAUUCCGGGUGGCCCCCCCUCCGCCUGCACUCCUCCUCCAACUGCAUUCCUCUUGGCCUGGCUUCGGAAGACCUGUCGGAUGUUCCAAACCACAUAGCAUCACUCGUGCAGGCCUGUACCGUUUUUUCGACAGCCGUGGGGAAUCUCCUAACCCGUAUAAAGAAAUCCCUACGCACAUAGAACGUUUUCACCCUGAUACGCUUUUUCGUUCUGUGAAUGUGGUUUCUUUAUGUGGGGAGGGGGGGCAUUCAGACACGCAGCCCACCCUUCCUCAUCUACGGCGUGAAACGGUGCAGGCCAGCGAGAGUGGUGAACGUGUGGUUCUGCCACCCAAGAGACCCUGUUUUCUGUUCUCAGGAGCAGGCGUCCCCCCCCGACCCUUGCCCCCUUCCUCUCACUCCUGUUGCCUUGCCCGUGUUUCUUCCCAUACUGCCCUUCCAGCCUCUGCGGAUCCGGGUGACCCUUUGCCCAACUUGGUUCCAGCCCUGGGCACAGCGUGGUGUUUACUCUCGAUACAGAGCAGCUUGCAAAAGGAAGCUAAUCAAGGCGGGUGUGGCCUGCACCUCCCCGGGUUUUAUAGACGUACUUGUGUGAAGAGCAAACACGACUUGUGCAACACAUCGCCAACGCGACAACGAUCAGGAAGGCGAAAAAUAGUCAUAACUGGGUUUCUUCCGCUCCCACUCCCUGGCCCUUUGUGCAAAUAUCUAAGCAAAAGGUUUGGACAUUGAAAUGGAGGGACACCAGAUUGUAAAAAGACAAGCUUCAGAUGAUAAAACGUUUUGCCAUGAAAAUGAUCUGCCUUUUCCCCUUCUUUUCUUAAAUACCGAUUUGAAACCACCCGCUUUCCUUAUUUAUCAGUCCCAAAUGCUUCUGAAUGAUCAGAUCUCCUUUAAAAUGUACAUUUUCUGUUCUCUACAGGUCUCUCUUAAGUUGUAAAUUUUCCAUCAAUAAAGAGCACUGUUCUGA